AUGGCCUCCUGGUGGGGGAUACAGCUUCCCAAAUGGAACACUUCUCAAACAAACUUCGAGGACGACAAGACUCCAGUACCGAAACCUGAUAUCAGUACACUUGACAGCCUUUUUCGCUACGAGCAAAGUCAGUUGCUAUGGCUAGCAGGGCUACGUCUGUCAGAGGCGUUAACACUUCAAGAGACUGAUGCAUAUCAACCAAGAUGCCUGCCCUUCGGCUUGACCGGCGCCGAUAGCAGUACUUCAAGCAAUUCUGGAGGAGAGGAGAUGGACAAAGACGGAGACAAUGAUCUAUCCGCUCGCUCAGAUACGAGUGAUGGAGUGUCAAAGAUGAUGGAGGCUCUGACAGUAGCCCGCCAGCUGUCAUUGGCACCUUGGGCAACCAGCGAGUUCGUCGAUGUGGAUGAGACGAAAUGGUUCAAGAUCUUCCAGAGGGAAAGAUGGGCUAGCUAUAAGCAUGCGGAAGACAGCGGCUUAUCCAUCAACAUUGACGACGACGCAAUCUGGGAAAAGCUGAGUAGGACCAUCGAAAUUGCGAAUAGAAUCCUGACAGAAGCUGUCAGUCAUGAAUGGUUGGCGAGUUUUCUCAAUACCGAUUCCCGCGAGAUUCGAUGGAAUGUCAAAGGCGGGAGCCGGGGUCAACCUCCCCGAACUGGCACAAUCAUUCGCGUUUUGCCGGUCAGCCCCGAAUCCCGCCUCAGUCUGGCCGAAGCUCGGGGCUUUCUCGACAGCAUCGCUGAACAUUUCUUCUGGGGUUUCCAUCUACGAGAUGAGUCCUCCCAUGCUGCUGGAAAGACGUGUAGUUUCACAAGCAAGAGCGGAAAGACCCUUUGGUGGAUGACGCUUGGCCUCGAGAAAUUGCAGCUGUCGUUCCAGAGCAAGACAUUCCAAGAUCCCGAAGGACGCCAGGCUAUGUUUAUGACGGCCAAGGUUAUGCUGCACGAAUUAAUGCACAGCCUCUCUGGUCACUUGAAUCGCUCGAUACCAAAGUUUCUUACAGAUCCAUGUGUGUCAGGUGAGCUUUUUUACGACGAAGAGAAGUGGGCGGAAGCAGGCUAUUCAUGGGAGAUGUCCUUUUUUGGAACCUGCGUAAAGGAUUACAUGUGGUCCUACAGCAAUCGCAUUGCUUUUUUCGGCCUACGUGCCCCUAGCCCGGACUUUUGCUACAGGAGCACCGGUCAAUACUGGUCCUAUGACGAUUGGUCUCUCGAGGAACCAUUUCGAGAAAGUCAGCUUGGCGUACCUGCCAUCCUUCCGUGCGCAAUAACGACGUCCGACUUCUGGGAGACGCACGUGGCAAAAUACGGAUACCAGACAUUGAGAUUCACUGGUGUCUGCGUUGCCGACUAUCUAUGGGAGAGGAACCGUGAUGAUAUUACACGAGUCACACGGGCCAAGGUUCUCGACCCCCCUUACUCGUCUUACAAACAUCUCGAUGCCAGCAUGGCAAUGGUUGCGCGCCGUUUGAAAGCCAGGCGAAUGAAGCUCCGAGAGCUGAGGCCAUGGUUCAAGGAAGAGUACGGCAAAUGGCAUACAACAGUCUAUGCCGAGACUCAGCAGCGAGACAAUUUGUCCCUGAUUGGUACUAAGAUCGAAAGCCGUUACGACACACAUGAGGUUUCAAUUCGCAACCUGAUCAAGACGACCUUGUUACCCCAUGAUCAGUGUACUGAUCUCGCCGCAACCAGCCCUCGCAACACGAAUACAUCGAGACUCUUCUUCCAGGCAUUGUCAUAUCUUGCCCUAGCAGCGCUACCCGUCAGGAAAAAACCUACGACUUACACGAAUCAAACUCCAAGGGGGCUAUACCCUGACAGACUUGUCAAGGGCCUCAGACCCAAUUUCGCUGGGGGCCAGGAGGUCAUUGAUCUCGCGCUUCAAUAUGAACGCAGAAAAGGCCGCGCGACCAAGUUUCUGUACUCAUCGUACACGCCGAGUCAUGACAAAGAGAUGUGCAUGAGCAAUGCCAGACUCGCGUUUCUUCGUUGGAAAGUACUCGGAAACUUGUCAAACGAGAUGGCUGUGGCUUUCGACCUGGAAUGGCGAGAUAUGAGAAGGAGAAUGGAUCAAUCCCCAUUUGAUUCUGGUUGGUUGGGAUUCGAGUGGCAGGAAUUCCCUUACAGUCACGAAACGAUCCACUGCCCUAUUGUGGGAUCGCAAGACGAAGAGCCUCUCUUGAGUGACGAUGACGACGCCGAUCUUCCAUCGUGGGCCAUAGCAAAGCCGGUAAUCGCGCUAUCACCUCUUCCAGCGCGAGACCAACCAUUAGAAGUCUCAUCACGGCUUCGAUACUACCAUGUAGGUGAAAUUGGUGACCACCAGCGCAUCGGUAGCAGAGUCAAGUGGUUUGUCCACAAACCCGAUGAUGAUGACAGGUAUUUGGUCUACGACUUCAGUGGGGCGCUGCCAGACCACGCCUGGGAUGAUGCAACUCGGGACAAGCUCACGAUGAGACCAGAUUCCUCUAGUCACAUCCAAAACAGAAUGCUUCGUGCAGGAGAUAUCGGAGAGGAGACCUGCAAAAGAUACAUGAAAGAUGGGCCUAUCGGGCAGGUAUUGCCCCUCAUAAACGCAGAGGAUAUCAGACUCAACAACGAAAGCAAUAGUCUGGCGUGUGUCGUCUUUGGUCCCGACGUUUUUGAUCUAACUGAUUGUCAACUGCCGUUGGAAAUGAAGGAUCUACAGUUUAUCAUCGAGUCGACGACUGAAGGCAAUCCUCUCAUGGAAGCAGUCAAUUCAGGAUAUCAUCCUGACAUCGUUGUUGACUGCCUCCGCUCCUACCAGAUUGGAAUCAGGUGGGAACAAACUCUUCGAGGCGACAUCAAGCGAUUUCGUCCAUUCACGUUGAGUGAAGUUAAGUGGCACGCGUAUCCCGAGACAGGAAUCUACACCGUCAUCCAGAACAAUGUGUUUGAUCUUACAGACUUCAUAAAACACCACCCCGGUGGUAUGAGAAUUCUCCAAGAAGUCGCUGGAAAAGAUGGAACAGAUGCUUUCUUACGGUACCAUGAGAAACCGACGAGCUUUCGUGGCACGACGACCCACCACUUUCUCAACAGAUUGCGUAUUGGUCAACUCGUCCGUGAGCAUAGCCCAUCUUCUCAGCUGUCCGCGCAGCAAAUUGCAAUCCGGGGCCAGAUCUUCAGCAAAGAAGGGGACCUUUCAAAGUUGCCGAGCCACGUCCAGUCUUUUCUUUCAUCUAAAGAACUUGACAUUUACUGGGGUAAGGAAGUGACACCAUUGAUGGACACUGAGUACCCGCCUAAAGUACUUCAGAGAUUAUUCAAAUUCAAGAGUGCUGUCGUCGCCAAGACCCUUAUCUCAAGACAAUAUUUGCCUUUUAUGGACGAUAAAGUAUUGAAGCACAUGGACGGCAAGGUCAACCCUUGGGGCUUCAACGAAUCCUACGUUUCUGAUGGCGCGUGCAUAUACAAUUUGACGUCAUACCUCAAAUAUGAAGAACCGGACGAAUUCGUUGAGAUUUUGAAAGCUCAUGCCGGGAAAACGCUUUCAGACUCAAUUGAAAAUCAACAAGUGAAGCAGAGGCUGAAAACAGAAUUCAAGUAUCGGAUCAUAGCACAACAUGGCCUAAUCGAUGACUUUGAUUGGAAAAAGUCUUUCAGGCCAACCCCGAGCAAGGUGCCUAAUUUGAAAGAAGUUGGAUCGUCGAUGGUCAAUCCUUCUUUAACCUGGGCCCAAGCUGCUCAAAAGGGCAAAGAGGCUAUGCCUCCAAACCAAGUUGUGCAGCCAAUCCAGGGAAUGGCCGGCAAGAAACGCAAGGUGGCUAUGCAGCCUCCGGUGCCGAAGCUUAGUCGUGCAGCACCUUAUGAUUCCGCUGGUGGCUCUUCGACCGCGCCUGAAGCUACAAGCACGACGGAGCAGCCAACUGAUGACUGGGAGUGGAAGGUGGUGAAACGGGGACGAUGGCGUGGGCGUGGACGCAGGUGA